GUUUUCUUUAUAUAAAACAUCUUCUUUCUUUUUCGUUCAAUACAAUUGCAAGAGUUGAAGAAGAAGAAGAAGAUGUCUAUCAGUGAAAUAGCAUGCACUUAUGCCGCCCUCAUUCUCUUCGACGAUGGCAUCCCCAUUACGGCUGAGAAAAUAGCGACAUUAGUUAAGGCCGCCAAUGUAUCAGUAGAAUCUUACUGGCCCAGUCUAUUCGCAAAGCUUGCUGAGAAAAGAAACAUUGAAGAUCUCAUCAUGAAUGUCGGAUCUGGCGGCGGCGGAGCAGCUCCUGUUGCUGCUGCUGCUUCAGGUGGCGCCGCAGCUGCUGCCCCUGCCAAGGAAGAGAAGAAGGUGGAAGUUAAGGAAGAAAGUGACGAGGAAGAUUAUGGUGGAUUUGACAUGUUCGGUGAUGAAUAGGACCCCGACCUUCUUCUACCAAUUUUUUUUUUAUAUUGCAAUGACUUUGAUGAAUUUUCAGUUUGAUCUCCAUAUGGUUAUUUGAAAUUGAACAAUCUAUAU